CCGAACUACAAAAACGUUUGAUUGGAUUUUUUCAAUCAACGACUACUGAUAACCUCAAACAUGUUUUGUAUAAUAUUCCAACUAUCUCUGCACACGCGUGUCGUGAACUUUGAAGAAGCGGGAAAGAUGACGUUUCCUGUGAGUUCAAAGUUCAAAGUACAGCCAUAACUGCAAGUGAAAGUGAAAGUAAAAUAAGGAAGAAGACGUCUGGCUGUGAGUGGCUCGAGUUCGACGUGAAAUGGAGGAAAUGGGCGCCGCGUGACGUGAUUGAAACUUGUAUUAGUAGAUUGCACAGUACGGUAUUGAUUGAUUGAUUGAUUGAUUGAAACUUGUAUUAGUAGAUUGCACAGUACGGUAUUGAUUGAUUGAUUGAUACUUUUAUUAGUAGAUUGCACAGUACAGUAUUGAUUGAUUGAUUGAUUGAUUGAGACUUGUAUUAGUAGAUUGCACAGUACAGUAUUGAUUGAUUGAUUGAUUGAUUGAUUGAGACUUGUAUUAGUAGAUUGCACAGUACAGUAUUGAUUGAUUGAUUGAUUGAUUGAUUGAUUGAGACUUGUAUUAGUAGAUUGCACAGUACAGUAUUGAUUGAUUGAUUGAUUGAUUGAUUGAGACUUGUAUUAGUAGAUUGCACAGUACAGUAUUGAUUGAUUGAUUGAUUGAUUGAGACUUGUAUUAGUAGAUUGCACAGUACAGUAUUGAUUGAUUGAUUGAUUGAUUGAGACUUGUAUUAGUAGAUUGCACAGUACAGUAUUGAUUGAUUGAUUGAUUGAUUGAGACUUGUAUGAGUAGGUUGCACAGUACAGUAUUGAUUGAUUGAUUGAUUGAGACUUGUAUUAGUAGAUUGCACAGUACAGUAUUGAUUGAUUGAUUGAUUGAUUGAGACUUGUAUUAGUAGAUUGCACAGUACAGUAUUGAUUGAUUGAUUGGUUGAGACUUGUAUUAGUAGAUUGCACAGUACAGUAUUGAUUGAUUGAUUGAUUGAUUGAUUGAGACUUGUAUUAGUAGAUUGCACAGUACAGUAUUGAUUGAUUGAUUGAUUGAUUGAGACUUGUAUGAGUAGGUUGCACAGUACAGUAUUGAUUGAUUGAUUGAUUGAUUGAGACUUGUAUUAGUAGAUUGCACAGUACAGUAUUGAUUGAUUGAUUGAUUGAUUGAUUGAGACUUGUAUUAGUAGAUUGCACAGUACAGUAUUGAUUGAUUGAUUGAUUGAUUGAGACUUGUAUUAGUAGAUUGCACAGUACAGUAUUGAUUGAUUGAUUGAUUGAUUGAGACUUGUAUGAGUAGGUUGCACAGUACAGUACAUAUUCCGUACAAUUGACCACUAAAUGGUAACACCCCAAUAAGUUUUUCAACUUGUUUAAGUCGGGUUCCACGUUCAUCACGUCAUGGUGACAUCAUCCACGAUGACAUCACUUUACGGCGUCCUGCUCCUGUUGCUGGACUCGCUGCUCACCGCCGCCUUCUGGACAGUCCUGCUUGUGGUGGGGGGGUCCGGCUGCGGCGCGGUGGAUCAGUGGAGCUUGGCAGGGCUGAAGUGUGUGACCUUGGUCUUGGUCGCCUGCGCACUGGCUGAUGGGAGACGGCGGGCGGUGCUCUGCCGGCUGGCGGCGCUCCUCUGCCUGCUGCCCCCCCUGCUGGACUUCCUGAGCCCUGACCUGACCCCUGACCCGGGCACCUGGCUGCUGGGGGCGGCGUGCUCGGCGUUCAGCUGCGUGGUUUGGGAGGCGGGGCUGAGUGGCGGGCAGAGCGGCCAGAAGAAGGAAGACCUGGAUGCUGGUCGCCUGCUGGCCAGGGUCUUGCAGCACGUCAGAGUGGACUUCCUCUUCCUGUCCUCAGCCUUCGUCUUCCUCAUCCUGGCUGUGGGCUGUGACACUGUCAUCCCCUUGUACCAGGGCAAGGUGAUGGACAUCCUGACAGGUCCACAGCUGGACUCGGACUUCUUGUCCACCGUGGCACUGCUGGUCUUCUUCUCUCUUGGAAGCUGCGUGCUGACGGGCCUGCGAGCGGGCGUGUUCAUGUGCUCGCACGCUCGCCUCAACAAGAGACUGAAGCUGCUGCUCUUCGGGACGCUGCUGAGGCAGGAAGUGCACUUCUUCCAGGACAACAAUGCAGGAGAUCUCUCCUCCCGCCUGCACUCGGACGUCAACAAGAUGGGCCUGACGGUGGCGCUCAACGCCAACGCCGUGCUGCGCAGCACGGUGAAGACGGCGCUGAUGUUGGCGCUCAUGUGGCGUCUGUCCUGGCGGCUCACGGCGCUGGCGUGCAUCGAGAUCCCCCUGAUGGCGGCGCUGCAGAAGCGCCACAUCGCCUGCACCAAGGAGCUGACGGAGCGGAAGCAGGACUGCCUGGCCGCGGUGGAGGCGCUGGCCGGUCAGUCGCUGGGCGGGAUUCGAACAGUGCGCAGCUUCAACGGCGAGCGUGACGAAACGAGGCGGCACCGGGAGGCGCUCCACGAGCUGCGUGGCGUCCGGAGACAGGCUGCGGUCUACAACGCCGUCUUCGUCCUCGUAAGGCGGCUGGGGAGUCUGGCCAUCAAGACGGCGAUGCUUCUGCACGCUCGCACGCUGAUCGCCGGCGGCCACCUGAGCAUCGGGAGUCUGCUCUCCUUCCUCCUCUUCCGGAAACCCAUGUCCCACAACCUCAAGGAGAUCUUGUUCUGCUGCGGGGACACGCUGUCCACGGUGGGUGUCAUCUCCAAAGUCUUCAGUUACCUGGACAGGACCCCGCCAGGCCGGGAGGAGGGCCCCCUGGCCCCCCAACGUCUGCGGGGGAGCCUGGUCUUCCAGGACGUCACCUUCAGGUACCCGUCCAGGGCUCAGGACCAACCGGCGCUGAAGGCGCUGUCCAUGGAGCUGCAGGCGGGGAAGGUGACGGCGCUCGUGGGUCCGUCCGGCAGCGGCAAGACCACCUGCCUCAGCCUCUUGAAGAGGUUCUACGAGCCCGAGUGCGGUCGCAUCCUGCUAGACGGCGAGCCGCUGCAGCACUACCGGCGGCGCUACCUCCAUGAAAAGGUGGUUCUGGUGGAGCAGAGUCCAGUUCUGCUGUGCGGCUCGGUCAGGUCCAACGUGGAGUACGGCAUGACCUGCGACCCCCGGCAGGUGCGAGAGGUGGCCAUCAAGGUGGGAGCGUGUGACCUCCUGGACAGCGACGCAGAUGUGGGCGAAGGAGGCCGGCGUCUGUCCGAGGGCGAGAAGCAGCGCGUGGCCGUGGUGCGGGCGCUGGUCCGAGACCCGCCGGUCAUCCUCCUGGACGAGGCCACCAGCCAGCUGGACGGCCAGGCGCAGGAGGCGGUCUUGCGGGAGGUUCUGCGCGGCGGACGCACGGUCCUGAUGGUGGCGCACCGGCUGAGCAGCGCCGAGAGGGCGGACCGCAUCGUCUUCAUGGAGGACGGCGCCGUGGUGGAGGAGGGCACGCACCUGCAGCUCAUGGCCAGGAGGGGGCGCUACCAUCGCCUGAGGGAGGAGCUCUUCUCUGACCUACUUCCUGUCCAGGACUCCUGACCACUUGGACUUCCUGUCUGCCAAUAAAUCUCCA